GUCUAACCUGCAGAAUAUCUCCAGCACUUUCUCUUUUUACUUCAAAUUUGGAGGGUGGCCCGUCAAAACAAUGACUUUCAGUAAUUGCUAACGUUAAUUAAGUUUGAAUAGUCCUGUGAAUUGGAGGCAGACCACCCUUUUUUUUGAGAUUCCUUCUAGCCUUAAAGAUAAGCCACAGCACGUGACUUACUGCAAUGUUGCGAGCACAUUCCAAGAAAAUGUUUUCUGACAAAGUGAAACUCUCAGAACUGCUUUUAGUUUUAUAAUUGCAUCACACACAAAAAAGGUUUCCUGAACUCAAUUACGGGCAGCAGUACUCGCCUCUAGAUCUUAAGAUCAGUUUCAAUGGGAAAUCCGGGUGAUUGAUAGCAAGCUGCUUUCGAAUCUCCUCUUGCAUUCGGUUAUUGCUGUCUCUCUUUGCACGUAUGUGCUCACGUAUGUGUGUCAUGUCUGAAGUAAACUCUCCAAGAUUAAUUGUGCAUAGUCCAGCAAACGACAGCUCCACAGACCGGGAAUCGCAGGACUUUGGAAGCGAUAACAAGAGGCUUCGGAGAAGAGAGAAAAACCGAAUUGCCGCGCAAAGAAGUCGGAAGAAACAGACGCAGAAAGCAGAUAAACUACACGAGGAAUAUGAAAGAUUGGAACAGGAAAAUACUGCUUUAAAAAGGGAAAUAAGGAAACUUAGUGAAGAAGUGAAACAUUUAUCAGAAGUGUUGAAAGAUCAUGAACGCAUUUGCCCGCUGAUACAGUGUGCCAUGAACUUUGUCACAAUGCCUCGGCCUCACUCUGAUGGACUCGCCAGCUGUUUACCACGUCGUAGUCAAAGCGAAGUCUCUUAAAUGGCACUGAAAUUGCAAGAUUUUAUUUUAUCACGGAAGAUUCUGAUACAUUGUCAAAUGUUGAAUGUGUUUGAUUGUUUUUUUUUGAUGCAGAGUUGUGAGGACAUUAUUUAUGAGAUGUUGGACCAUAUUAUGAACUACAUGAUGCUGCUGUGAUCCUGUGCACUGUAAUGUCAAGUCUAAAGACACAGACAAACUUAUAAGGAUAUAAACAACAUGGAGUAUGGUGAGACUUGUGGAAGAAUCUGACAAGAAGUUGGAAAGGACGAAAAUUAUAUUGCAAGCAACUCAUUCUUUUAUCCAGCUCCAGAGAGGUGUGGCAAGUUUUUCACUAGAUGCCACUGCAUUGCUAAUUAAUGGAGUUGUUAAAUGCCUUAUUAUGUCACAAUUCACCUCAUCAAUAUUCAGAUUCCUAUCUUAACUAAAUACUUGAUGCCUCGUUUUUUUCAAUGUAUUUUGCUAAGGACAUCAGAGAGGGUAUAUGACAACUUCAGCUUGCUAUUUGGCAGCAACAUCUCAGGGCACAUUCUAUGCUCACCAUAUUCACAGACAUUGACAUCCAAUAUGUGCCAGUCUCUAGGACUCCUAAUGGCACAUCUCCAAUCCACUUACAAGACUCUUCAGCACAUCAUUACUGCACCUCAGGCUGCACUGGCAUCUGUCACUUCAAUGCUGCUGCAAGGACAUUGUACAUUCAGGGAAAUGCACCCAGCUCAUGGACUGGGCCAGGCUGUAGCUCCAGCCUGUUUGCUUCCUGUUACAGUGAUCACUCAAUCUGAGCCUCUCUGAAUGCUCUUAAUAUCCCUGUCUUGCACUGCUUUGCCUUCCCUUUUUGCACCGUGUUCCCUCCGCCAGCGAUACCAGGCUUAUAGUGUUGCUGUAUUGCUUUGCCAUUUAGUACAGACACAAUGUCAGGAAAAUUGUCAUGGAAGUCAGCAAUCCUCAGUUAAGAUAAGAGUGGUAGCUUUAUCUCAGGGAUCCCAGAACAAUAAGUCAAGGGCAGCCUUUGAUAUCAGUCCACUGGCUUGGACAGGGUCGGUCAACCAUUGGGGGCCAUCAGGGUGUAAUAAGUGAGGAGCCAAAUGUCAGGCGGGUCACCCACCUUGACUAUCUCUAUCCUACUGAUGACUUUUGUCUUCCUGGAUUGAGAGCGAGAGAGAUGAUUGUGGAGAUCCAUUAAUGGAAAUGAAAGCAGGUGGCAAGCUUCGGGGAGGGAGCAGAGAGCUAUUGCUUUCAGAGAUUGGAGUGGUUGAAAGUAAGCGGAUGAGAGAAGAUGUUGCAGGUACUUGAGAGUAGCAGAGCCUUGAUAGGCAUGGGUACAGGGAUAGAGUGAAUAUGUGGUACAAAAGAGAAGCUGGUAUCACUGAUACUCACUGUGUGGAGAAGCACCUUCCUACAAAGCUGGGCCAUUCACCAGAUGGCUGAGACUGCACUGACCCAGGCUGCAACCCAGAGCAGUCUGGAAUGGUGUGCUAUUGUGGCUUCCUCUGCUGGUCCCAAUGGAAGAGGGCUGUGCACUACCCCUUCCAGUAGGACAUACAAGUCCCAGCCCAGAAUGUGGGUGCCCAUUUUCCCUUGCUUGUCAUGUCCAAAGCACAUGUCAGAGACCAUGCAGGGCAUGCUACUGUGAUCCUGUGCUAUCCUUGCAUAAAAAAGACAGAAUCUGAGAGUGGUUUACUUGGUGAUUUGAAUGGAUUAUACACUCAUUGACUUGCAGCUAGAAACCAUUAUUUCAUGAAAUGUAGCCCUGAUGUUAUAACUGACCUUUAUACUAUGACUUUACACACUGGUUCCUCUGAAACAUUUUGGGUAUUAUCAUUUGAGCACCUAAUAGUCAUUGAAUGUUUCUGUCUGUUAAAUACCGUGAAUAGUGUUAUGAAGUUGA